AUGGCCGGUGGUAACCCCAAGCAUUUCAAUCUCCAAGAUGACCCUUUCGAGUUGUUCCUGCUCGGAGAGGGCGAGAAGAAGAUAGAGGAAAAGGUCUUCUCAGGAAUGUCCAAUACCUCCGAUUUUGUCCUCAUGAAAGAAGACCACACUCUUGGUAACCUUCUCUCUGAGCACCUCAAGAUGCACCCUAAUGUCUAUAUGGCUGGGUAUAAGAUUGCUCAUCCCAAUGUUCCUGAACUUUUUAUACGAGUCCAGACAGAUGGAACCAUAACCCCCCGCGAUGUGUUUACUUCUGUCUGUGAGAAGCUCAUUAAACAGCUCGAGAUGCUGCAUCAGGAGUUCACGCGAGAGUGGGAAUUGAGACGAAUCACCAACACUGGUGAGCAGGGAAACAUGCAGAACGGCCACUGA